AUGCGCCAGCUAGCGGUGUUGGCUUUGACUAUCUUCGCCUUCACAUCAACGGACAAGUUCCAGACGGCAGCGACAACUUACUCAGUGACGAUCCACUAUGCCGACUCGGACACAUCGUGUGGGGGCACGCCGUACAGGAUCGAAGUCAAUGAAGACUCCGAGUGCAGCGAAGCCGAUUGCGCCGCGUCCGUCAAUGGCUGGUACGACGGCGUUGCCUCCACGGUCUGCACGAAGGACUAUCAGAAUGAAGUGUGGAAGCGAUUCGGCAGCAGCGUGAACCUCCUCCAAGCCGUGUACCAUGACGAUGUGUGCUCCAACUUUGCGUAUGCCCGCGUGUACAUCGCGAACGGCAAGUGCGAGGUGGGGUCCACUACCAGUUGGUUCACCGCUCGCAUCGAGGCCAACGGGUCCGCGACGUUGGAGCAUUUCACCACUGAGUCGUGCUCGGAGGACGACCUCUUCCUGAGCACAGAGCGCACGAGCAAAGCAGACCUCGACAGCAACGCGUGCGACGCCAACUAG